ACUCAAGAGAAAAGAACUACACGAAACUUUAAGAGAACUACAAGAGGAAGCACAACGAAAGCAAGAUGUGUAAAGGAUUAGCUGCGCUGCCACAGUCGUGUAUCGAGAGGGCUAAGGAGAUCAAGUCCAAACUGGGCGUGUUCCUGCAGAAGCCGGACAACGCCAUCGACCUGAUCAUCCCCUACCCAGAGAAGAAUGAGAAGAAACCCGAGAAAGUCCACAAACCGAACCCGGAGGAGGUGGCCCAGUGGCGUGAGAGUCUGGACCUGGUUCUCAACAACAGCUAUGGCCUGAACGCGUUCCGUAGCUUCCUGCAGUCGGAGUUCAGUGAUGAGAACAUAGAGUUCUGGGUGGCCUGUGAGGACUUCAAGAAGACCAAGAACCCAGUCAAGAUGGCCACCAAAGCCAAGAAGAUCUACGAGGACUUCAUCCAGUCUGAGGGGCCCAGAGAGGUGAACAUCGACCACUUCACCAAGGACGUGACCCUGAGGAACCUGGUGGACCUCUCCCCCUCCACCUUCGACCUGGCCCAGAAGAGGAUCUACGCCCUGAUGGAGAAAGACUCCUUCAGCCGCUUCCUGCGCUCCGACUACUUCCAGGACCUGCUCGUCGUCUAAACACCUCAGCUCAGCACGGCGUCCUCCAGGGGGCGCUGUGGUAGAGCGGGGAGGGCGGGGCCAAGGCAUUUUAAAGAGGCUACAUACUAGGAAAUGUUCUUGAAUACAGUUUUAUGAUGGUAAUGUCAUAUCUGAAAAUCAAACAUGUUGUAGCCUCUUUAAAACGAUCCAAACGAAAGUCCACACAUAUACUGACUUUUCAAGGUGGUUACCAGUUUAAUAUCCAUGUCUGAGUAAUAAUUGAAAUGAAUUAAAGUAAUAUGACAUUGGAAACUAUCUCUUACCUCAAAGUAAACCGGAAUUUGACAGAAAUACAAAAUUCAACUUCAAUGCAGAAGUGAUUUAAAAUACAGAAUGAUUUCCAUGUUUAUAUGUGUGGACUUGUAACUUUUGGAAACUGAUUAUUUUUAAUUUUUUUUACAUAAAUUCUCACAAAAUUUGAAAUAGGCCCCAUCCUCCCCGCCACAAAACAGAAUAUUUUAAAAUGCCAAAAAAAAAAUUGAAAAAAUUAAAAAUGGAAAAAUGGAAACAUCUGAUGUACUGACAAACUGGGCUGUAAAAAUAAACAACUUGGUUUGGACUAUUAAAAAUUAAAAAGAAAAAAAAAAAUGUAAACACUGAUUGUGCAGUCCAGGGCACGAAAUGUAGAAUUGCGAUAUGAUUGGAAAUUCGUUUUGACAAUUUGAAUUAAAAUGAAUCAUUUGGUAUAUAAUAUUUUCUAAAAACAUGAGGCAGAUUAUUUUCGGCGCCCCCUGUCCAUUCGAUUAUAUGUUUAAACCAAAUUCUCAAAUGUUUUUUUUAUACAAACAAGCCUCUCGGGAGGGAAUAAGAAAGACAAGGAAACUCAUUUUGACAAGAGAAAUAAAGAAAACUAAAUAUUAUUGAAGUAAAUGGUCUAAAAUUUGCCUAGUUUUGAAGAUAUUUGUCAUAAAUUGUGACGGAGUUAAAAGUUAUGGAGAUGACUUCAUAUGAGUAAUAUUGCUUUGGCUAUAAAUAAUUACACACAUACACAUAAAAAUAGUCAAUUUUCGUAAAUCAAAAGACAGAUUUGCUGAAAACUCAAACACUUUUUUCCCCAGUUGAACGUGAAUUUAAUUUUGAACAUUUUGAAACUCGCUGAAGCUAUUAUUUUGGUCAUCAAGACCUAACUUUUUAUGUUUUUUACUUUUUUGAGACAUAUUUUUGCUUUGUUUGUUUUUAUGACACUGUUUGGUUUUUUUUGUUUAUUUUUUAUCUUCACCAAAUCAGCCCUUGUUAACGUUCUAUGUAUUCUAUUUUAAAGUUAUUUUUUUUUUAUUUUACUUUUUUUUUUUUUUUUGCAUUGCCACAAAACCUGGAACGACCCUCUAUCGUACAAGAAAACGCCAAUAAAAAUGUCAUUAUAACUUCCA